GGGCUUAAUGGCCGAACACCCACCGCCACCGUCGUCUCCGCCGCCGGCGGUGUCUAAUAAUCCCGAUCCCAUACAAUACUGGUGCUAUCAGUGUGACAAACGUGUCCCUGUAGAAACCCGACCCGACCACCCCGAUAUCAUCUGUUUCGAGUGUAAGAACGGAUUUGUCGAGUCGAUUUCAGUCGCAGCUCACACACGACAAGUUAGCGAUGAAGACACUCCCGCUUUUGGCAACGAGUUCCUUCAGGUACUUAGGUUAAUCGCUCAGGCGGCGCGUGAGGACGAUGAGCCUCCGCCUCCUCCUUCCGACCACCCCGCCGGUGACAACGAUUAUCUUCGUAUCGAGCUUGAUGGAUGGGAUAACGGUAACGUUAAUCUCAACGAAGACGAAGACGAAGACGAAGACCAAGAGGAUCCAUAUCAAGGAGAUCAAGAUAGGGCUCGAUUUGUCGUCGAUGAUGAUGAUGAUAUUGAUGAUGAUGAGCAUGACGAAGAAGAAGAGAUCCAGAAUCGAAACUUAGAAGAAGAUGAAGAGGAUUUCGUUAGAAGAGAAAGGCGUGACGUCCUCCGUCUUCGCCUCCGCGACUUCGCGAGCCGAGCUGCUAGCCGUCGUAACCGGAUUCUGGAUUGGGCAGAGAUCCUAAUGGGACUCGAAGAUCAGUCGAUCGAAUUCAGGUUACAAGUUCCAGGAGAUGAUGAUGGUUACGUCGGCAAUCCUGGAGACUAUGUUGACGCAGCGGGAUACGAAGCCUUAUUGCAAAACCUAGCCGAGAAUGAUACCAGCGGGAGGAGAGGGGCGCCACCUGCGGCCAAAUUGGCGGUUGAAGGGUUACAAACAGUUGAACUGAAUUCCACUAAUAUGGAAAUCUGUGCUAUAUGUAAAGACAGAGUGUUCAAUAAUGAGGAAAAGAUUGCGAAAAAAUUGCAGUGUGGACAUAUGUAUCAUGGGGACUGUAUAGUGCCAUGGUUGGGUUCAAGGAAUACUUGUCCUGUUUGUAGGUAUGAGUUGCCUACAGAUGAUCCUGAAUAUGAAGAAGAUAGAAAGAAGAGGUCAAUAACCGUGGCUGCUUCUGCAACUGAUCAUGGUUGUUCUUCGAGUUCCGGUGGUGGUGGUGAUUAAGAAGUGGUAUGUAUGCUAUUUCUCAUUGAUGUUGUACUUCAUAACUUGGGUGUUGAUUUUUCGUUGAUCUUAUAAACUGAUGAUGUCAAUUUCUUGUGUUCUUUAUGUUGUAAAUACAUAUUUACUCAAUUUGAUGAUCGAAUUUGUCUU